GAAAAGGGCAGCUGGUUCCUUUAGGGAUUAGAUCCCGUGAGGCGGUCUCCGAACUGUUUCACUAGGUUUCCUCUCGACCUUUGCUGAAUCUUUCAGGUUCACAGACUGAGGAACUGUCUCCACGAUCAUGGGAGGCGGAGACCUGAACCUGAAGAAGAGCUGGCACCCACAGACCCUUCGCAAUGUGGAGAAAGUGUGGAAGGCGGAGCAGAAACAUGAGGCGGAGAGGAAGAAGAUUGAAGAGUUGCAGCGAGAGCUUCGAGAGGAGAGAGCUCGGGAGGAGAUGCAGCGCUACGCUGAGGAUGUCGGGGCUGUCAAGAAAAAAGAAGAAAAGUUGGAUUGGAUGUACCAAGGUCCAGGUGGCAUGGUGAACCGUGACGAAUACCUGCUGGGGCGCCCCAUUGACAAGUAUGUUUUUGAGAAGAUGGAGGAGCGGGAAGCCGGCUGCUCUUCUGAGACAGGACUCCUCCCGGGCUCAAUCUUUGCCCCAUCGGGUGCCAAUUCCCUUCUUGACAUGGCCAGCAAAAUCCGGGAAGACCCUCUGUUCAUCAUAAGGUCUCAAAAGAAGAUGGCAAAUUCCUUUCCUGUUUUGUCCAAAGUCCCGGGAUAUGGCUUACAGGUGAGGGACUCUGACCGUCACCAGGGGCUGCAGGGUUCUCUGGGUGAACAAAGGGUGAUAAAGAACCAUUCUCGAUCAAGAAGCUCCUCACCCCCCAGGCAUGUCAGCAAGAAGAGCACCAAGGAAGAAAGGGCCCGGGACAAGAGGUCUCGAUCCCCUGGAAGAAGGUCACAGUCCCCAAGGCCCAGCAAACAGCACACCUCUAAGGUAAACAGAAAAGAGAGAGAGAGCCCAUCACCUAAAAAGGAGGUCUACCAGAGGCGGCAUGCUUCUGGAUACACCAGAAAACUCUCAGUGGAGGAACUGGAGCGGAAACGGCAGGAAAUGAUGGAAAAUGCCAAAUGGAGGGAGGAGGAGAGGAUCAACACCCUCAAGCGGCAUGCCAAGGAGGACGAGCGGGAGCACCGGCUGGAGAGGCUGGACUCUCGGUCCGGCAAGUUCAUCCACCGCAUGAAGCUGGAGAGUGCUUCGACCUCCUCCUUGGAGGACCGGGUGAAGCGCAACAUCCAGUCUCUACAGCGGACGUCGGUAGCUCUGGAGAAGAACUUCAUGAGAAGAUGAAAACCAGUCUCUUUUACUGGUUUGCCUGAAUUUGCCAGGGAGGCUGCUGACUCCUUAAAAUUCUCUUUAUAAGAGUUCAAAUGGCUUCUGUACAGAUGAAAAACCACCACUGUUCAAAGUGCCCUUUGUCCACUGACUCCUGAAACACUUCACAUCGUUUAACAAUGGAUGUGACCUGAUUCCAGGACCCUCAGGAACUUCUGCGGGAUGCACUGUGGGUUUUGACUAUGUUUUAGUGGAUGGUCCUGGGAGGCUUGGAUGCUUGUCACCCCUCUUCCCUCCCACCUGAAUGAGUGGCACAGACUUCCACAGGCCUCUCUCCAUAGCCACCCAGAUGAAUAGUGCUUACUUGGAUAAAUGAACAUUAACUUUAUUUAGAUUAUGUGACAGGAUAGCCAAGCAGCAGGGAGAGCCAAGAGAGUGACAAAGAAGAUGGAAGAGAAAACAGAACCAAAGGCCCUGAGUGAACUGCUAACUACCUGGGCUUUAAGCUGUAAUGGUGUAAUGUAUUACAAAUGUAUAAUUCCAUAUUUGCUUUUAAAAAGUCAUUUUGUUCAAUGACUGUCAGAAAAGUAACACAGUAAGGCAGCUUGGCUUACUCUCCUCUCUGAUUUGGGGCAUAGGAGAGCUUCGGGCUUACUGACAGAAUCUAGCUGUGGGGUAGCUAACCUUUUGACUUUGUCCUCUACAAAUGUGUUACAUUGCAUUUAUAGGUAUGUACUGGCUUCAAGAAGGACACACCUACCAAGAUACACCUCCUCCUCUGGUCCUCAGAAUCUCAUAGUGGGCACCAGUAGGGCAGGAAUCAGGACCCAUGCUGUCAGGAUGUCCUGUGACUCCUGAAAGAAAAUAUACUGAGGAAGCUGUUUGUUUUCUGGCUAUUUUUUUUGUUUGUUUGUUUGUCUGUUGAGGCUAGCUCAGGCUAGCUUUGAAUGUACUGUGUAAGCUGAAGGUGACCCUGAACGUCCAUCCUCUGACCACACAGCUGCUACUGCUGCUGCUUUGUGAUAUGGGCCCUUUGUGAUACUGGCUGGGUGGCCUGGUGGUGGCUCUCCUGCUUCUACCUCCCGAGUGCUGGCUGCAAUGACUGGCCAGCACCCCCAGCUUCCUAGCCGAUCUUUUACCCUGUAAGAACUAAAAAUCUAAGACAAGACUCAAGGGGCCACUUCUAUGUCUUUACUGCCAUUCCUUUCUGUGUUUUCACCAGAAGCCCUCAUUUGCCCGGGGAACUUCUAGGUGCUCUUUAACAGACUACAGGCUCACCCUAGCCAAGGCUGACCUUAAACUGUAGAGCUCCUGUUUCAGCCUCGAGCUGUGAUUACAGACCAGGUGGCCCUCAGAGGUGCUCUUAACUCAUACAUUAAGCCAUUUCCUUGUUCUACCAGUUCUUAAUUCCUCCUAAAAUAUGUUUGGAUUUUUAUUUUUUUAAGCACUAAAAUUCCAGACACUGUAAUUCUUAAAAACUCAGUCGUCCCGUCGCCCCCAGACAAUGUAACAUUCAUUUAAUCACCUCAUCCUGGUGCCCUGUGCUUUAGUUAAUUAUGGCUUUUAUUUUAUUACUUGGUAAUAAAGGCUACAUUUAUUUUUGUAACUGUGUAGAGCGACCGACCAUGUGCCUGGUACUGAGUCUUGAUAUCCCAAGUGUUAACCUGUGAUUUUGUGUCGAAUACAGAGACCUUUCGUCCAAGUGGAAUUGCAUAAUAAACCGUGGCCAGUUUACUCAA